GCAACCGCCAAUGGAGACGAUACAAGUGCACUUGGACUCUUCUUUCGGUGUCCGGGAAAGUAUGCUCACGAUGGCAGCGGAUACUCGUACUCAUGCACCGUGCAGCAAAAGUGUUUCAAGGAUGUCGUACCAACCGCGUCAGAGGCAAUCGGAAAUAUUCGAUUCGAUUCUAUCUUUUCUCUUGCGAGACUGAUUUCCAUUCAUGAGUAUGAAAAAAGUGAGCAAAACAAGAGAUUUCUGAUGUUAGAUAAUAAGCAUCCUUUCAUCACCGAAUGGGACGAAGUGGGGCUGAAGGAGCCCACAAAGUUGCUGAUCAUUCUUCCGGAUAGCUUCCGUGCCAUUCACAGCGUUUUCCGAGAACAACGCGAUGUGGAACGUCAGUUAUAUAGUCGCCUCAGCGACAUAAGCGGACUCCUAGAGAACUCGACAGCAAGGACUUGUCUGCUCAUUGGUCCUACAACGGACACGCCUUUUGCCAAAAAGGAUUGGUGCAGAUUAGCCUCAUCCUUGGGGACGGCAGCCCGCAUGGGAAUGAAGAUCAUCGCAGUCGCUCCGCCACGUGGAGACAAAGCGUAUGAACAAAACAGGAGCGAUCUCAAUGAUGCCAUCAACCUCGCAAAAUCAUCUGCGGUCUUGUCGAAGCAGUGUCUGUGCAGCCUCAUCCCCAGCAUUGAAUCUGCGAGCGAGCCCUCUCAUGGGCCAGGAGCACACCCAAGAAAUUCGUGUGCGGAACCUUAUUCAAAAGAUGUUCUUCGUGUAUACGUGAAGUCGGAGGUGGACAUGCCACCCAUCAGAGCGAUUGGAGAAUCACGCGUGCGCGAGUAUUUUAAGCAAAGAAAGGAAAAAAUGAAACUGGCACGACCUCCAAAGCGAUACCCAAAAUUUUCAUCAUUCAGGACAACCCAGCAGAUGUUUCCCACUCAGAUGCUACCGAAUGCGGUUCCAGUACUCCAGUAUCCAUGGAUGGCCGCUUCAUCAUCAUCGUACCGUGGCGGCAGGCCACCCAGUCGAGGACGCGGCGCACACCGAGGCGCACACCGAGGACACCCUCGCAACGGC